GUCCAUCGUCGCGGUCCACCUUAUCCGCCCAAAAACACCAUGGCCGUCGGCAAGAACAAGCGUCUCUCGAAGGGCAAAAAGGGUAUCAAGAAGAAGGUCGUAGACCCAUUCUCUCGCAAAGACUGGUACAAUAUCAAAGCACCUUCACUCUUUGAAGUACGAGAUGUUGGAAAGACAUUAGCCAAUCGUUCACAGGGUCUUAAAAAUGCCAAUGAUUCGUUGAGGGGUCGUAUCGUCGAGGUCUCCCUGGCCGAUCUUGCCAAGGAUGAGGAGCAGGCUUUCCGUAAAAUCAAGCUCCGAAUCGACGAAAUCCAGGGGAAGAACUGCUUAACCAACUUCCACGGAAUGGACUUCACCUCCGACAAGCUGCGUUCGCUCGUCCGAAAGUGGCAGACGCUUAUUGAAGCACAUGUCGACGUGAAGACGACCGACGGCUAUCUCCUCCGUCUAUUUGCCAUCGCUUUCACCAAGCGGCGGCCUACCCAGGUCAAGAAGACCACCUACGCUCAAACCGCCCAGAUUCGUGAGAUCCGAAAGAAGAUGUUCGAGAUCAUGACCCGCGAGGCAUCAUCCUGUGACCUGAAGGAGCUCGUGUUGAAGUUCAUUCCUGAGGCGAUUGGCCGUGAGAUCGAGAAGGCGACUCGUAAAAUCUACCCGCUGCAGAACGUCUACGUCCGCAAAGCAAAGAUUAUUAAAGCACCAAAAUUCGAUGUGUCGAAACUGAUGGAGCUCCACGGCGAGUCAACGGACGAGACCGGUACGCGAGUCGCGAAGGAGUUCAAGGAGCCGGAGAUCCAGGAAUCUGUAUAAUCGCUUGUUGUGUACUUUGUCGUCCUGUUUCUACAUGCAUCAUUUUAUGCCGCAAGGUCACCCAUGAAUACAUGAGCGAUAUGCAUUUCCUCAUUAUAUAAUACGC